AUGCCAGCAAUACUUCCAAAACUUUGUGAAGCUUUUGAUAGCUUACGUCAAGCGAACAUUUCUUUGACUACUAUGUAUCAGGAAACUCACACGACCUGGGUAGAAAAUGGGGAUUUACAUGUCGGGAUUCAAAGGGUAAAUAAGGGCAUUCGCGGUGGACCUGAUUUGUCUUCACAAUGGAACACUGGAGUUUCAAACUCUGUCUCAUCCACGUAUAGGGGCUUCUCCGAUUUUAUACGCGAACAAGGGAAUUUGACCAUGGGAAAUGUUAAGAAAGUAAAUGAAAACUGCAGUUUAGGUUUGAGGGAAAUUGGGAAAGUGAGAGCUGAAUCUGUUAUUGAAGCAUUGGCCCUCUUAUGUGCUCUUGGUGUCAGUUACGCAGUCUUGAUUUUACAUGCCUCGUUUAGGAAAUUGAGCCCUGCAAAGCAAUCUCAAAGAGAUGGAAAUCGAAGGAUCGACCAGAGAUGA